CACAGAUCCAGAGUAUUCCUCGAAGCGAUGCAGUCAGUCAGGAUUAUCCCUACCUACAUCCAACGGGACCCAGGCGGCCCGGCCACGGGAAGUUCCCUUCACGGCCACGGGCAUUGGAUGCCUGAGAAUGUCGAACUGCGUCGAGCUUGGCUGUCAAGCCUUCUGGACAAAACCAAAGCAGAAAUCCCUCGAAGAUUGCGGAAUGACGAGGUAAACCCAGUUGAGACGUUUCGAAAGCUCAUUGAGAACAACUCUUCCCUUUACAUGCUCGCCCACUCCAUGUUUGAGGAAAUCCCCGAAAAGGCGCCGUAUGAUAGGGACCCGACCACUCUCAAGAAGCAGGUCCGAAACUACAAUACCAUGCUAUACCUCUUCAAUACCCUCCUCACUCAGGUGCCCGAGUACUUUUUGAGAGACAACCCAAACAUUCCCAGCGGUCUCAUCGGGUUUCCAUUCAAUAUCAUCGUUGACUGGCCCAUGGGUACGCCAAGCGGACGCCAAUUCUUCUUGGAUACGAGAGUCAAUGAGUGUCUCAAGAAGAUUUUGAACAAGUGGAAUGAGUUCCUCAAAGACCCCAAAGCAGGCGGAGCAGGCAAUACGGGUGGCAACCAGGCUCUGAUCGAUGCUGGAUGGAGUUCCCCCCAGGCGAUCAAACAGCUGGAGGACAAGGCGAACGAGGCCACCCCUAAGGAGAAGCCAAAGAAGUUCUCGGAAAUAUUCCAGCAUCCUGCUGAAGGCACUACAACCAACUUUUUCAACUAUGCUUGCUGGGAUGAUUUCUUUACUCGCAAGUUCAAGGACGGUGUUCGCCCCGUAGCUAACGCGGCUGUCGUCAACGCCUGUGAAUCAUUCCCUCUAUCGUUCGACACCGAUGUCUCGCGCCGCAACACUUUCUGGCUCAAGGGUACCCCAUACUCACUUUACGAUAUGCUCGGAGCCACUCAAGACGACAAGGUCGCGUCCUACGUUGACAGCUUCGUCGGCGGCUCCGUCUAUCAAGCCUUCCUGAGUGCCGACUCCUAUCACUGCUGGAAUGCCCCAGUUACCGGCGUGGUCAAAUAUCGCAGCUUGAUUGAUGGAACAUACUUUGCUGAAACAGCUGCUGCCGGAUUCGGAGGGUCGAACGGUCCUGACCCAGCUGGUCCAGACGUCUCUCAGCGAUAUAUCACCCAUAUCGCGGCACGUGGUGUCCUCAUCGUUGACACUAAUGUUCAGGGCGGUGCCAAUAUUGGGCUGGUUGGUUUUGUGCCCGUUGGAAUGUCCGAGGUAUCUACCUGUGACUGGUUCGAAAAUACAGCAGAAGGAAAGACUAUCAAGCAAGGAGAUGUCAUUGGGGCUUUCCAUAGUGGUGGAUCUACUCACUGCCUUAUUUUCCAGCGUGACGCUGUCAAAAAGCUGGAAUUCAUUCCUAAGGCACAGUACCCUGAGAUCGCAACAACCAAUUUGGCUGUCAACAGCGAAUUGGCUAAACUCACCGCUUGAGGUACUCCGCUUCACUUUGGUUGAAUUGUCCCAGGGGCAUAGGUCUAGGAGACGUGACUGUGCUUCUAGCUUUAGGUAUUCUGCUGCCACCGUCCAGGUGAAAUAAAGCUACCAA